AGUGCGGCUGUAAUUUCCCAAUUUACGAAUCCUCAGGUAAAUCUUACCUGCUAAUGCUGUCUUGUUGUCGUCUGCGUAAAAAGCAUUAGUGAGGAAUGUGAAGGAAUUUCAGGGACGUCUUAGUGGCCGAGAUUCUACGUUUUAAGUGGUGUUCAGGAAAAUUACCUAUUCAUGAGAAUCAGUGAAGAUUUUUGAUGCAAUUAUAACGACAUGGCUAAUAAUUCUAUGACAGAAGAACAGUAUGAUUUCAUUUGGAAAAUUGUACUGGUGGGAGACUCCGGAGUGGGAAAAACAAACCUAUUGUCUAGAUUUACUCGGAACGAAUUCAACGCUGAGAGUAAAAGUACGAUAGGAGUGGAGUUCGCUACAAGGAAUUUAACAAUCAAAGGGAAAACAGUGAGAGCUCAGAUUUGGGAUACAGCAGGUCAAGAGCGUUACAGGGCCAUUACAAGUGUAUAUUACCGUGGAGCCGUUGGGGCUCUUGUGGUGUAUGAUAUCACAAAGCCACAGACAUUUGAUAAUCUUCACAAAUGGCUGGACGAGCUGAAGGAACAUGCCGAUCCUUACGUCUGUAUAAUGAUUGUUGGAAAUAAAACUGACCUGAUAUCAGUCCGUGCCAUUCAACAGGAACAAGGACGUCUAAAAGCUGAACAACACAAGUAUUCGUUUAUUGAGACAUCAGCUCUGGAUUCCACAAAUGUCGGUGAGGCUUUCAACAAUCUACUAGUGGAUAUCUUUAAAGUUCAAGUUGAAGAUCAGAAUUCAGAAACAAAAAUCGCUGACAACUCAUCAACAAUCGUUCCCAGUUCCUCAACAGAUCCGAAUAUGUCAGAUGGCGGUUUACAGCAGUGUGGCUGUUGAUCUGUGUUUUUGUUAUGUUGAUUUGACUAGCUUAUUUUAUAAAUGGUGCAAAGAGUUUGAGUGACUGAGAUUUGAGUCUUGGUUGGAAGAGUUUUAUGUGACAUAGUUUGAAUCUUGUUUGUGAAGAGUUGACGGUUGCAUAUUAGAAGGUGAUAUUAUAGUGCAUAUUUUAAAUUACAGUUUAGAUUUACUCUCCAUUUACCCCACUACAUUAAUGAUAAAUCAGCUCUCCGACUCUUAAUCUUUGUUGGAUUGUCAAGUGUAAAAGAAAAUUAAAUGAAAUAACAUUCAUUGGCAUUUUAUCUAAAAACUGCAAUAAGUGGGCUUAUAAUAACCAGGCAUUGGGUCAUAGCUAAAUAAAGUGUACAGUAACAAUUUGGAGAGUUGAGUCUUGCUAAAUCUUGUUUUGAUAGGAAGCUAAAUUUAGAUUUUGGGCCAAUAAAGAUUUUCUCUUAUAAUCAGAAAGUCGUGUUUCAAUGACCAAAAAACAUUUUUCUUAAUCUUAAUCAUCCAGAAUUAUAGCCUCCAUUGCACACUUUACAAAUACUUUUACAUGACUCUAAUUCUGUUUUAAAGAGCUUAAGUCUAUAUAUAUAUAAUACAGGUUACCAAGAAGCUUGUUUGAUCUGAUACAUGUUAAUGUUUGAUUGCUAUGUGUUAAGACAUGUUACCUUGUUAUGAUGGAAUGAUACUGUAUAUAUUCCUGUAUAUUUAUGUAUAUAAUAUUAUAUUUACUAGAGAGUGUUUCUGACUAUCUUUUACAUUGUAGAAAUAAUUGAUAAUUCACAUCCUUGUUUCUCUCUGUUAUUGUAUUAAUUAAAUAUUUAUUUUCUCUUUAAUUUCACCAAAAUAUUAAUUUUUUAAUUCCUUUCAUCUUCAAAAAUCCAAUCAAUAACUUUUUUCAUUAAUCAUAAGCAGGUGAGUUGUUUUUGUUGUGUACUGUAAAAGAUAAGUAAGUAAGAUAAAAAACAGUGUUUUUCUGUAACUGAGCAAACCCUAUCUCCACGUAUAGAUAAUCAUUUUAUGAAAUAAAACAAAACAAAAUAUAUGUGCCAUUAUUUCAGAGUCACUGUUCAAAUUAGCUUUUUUUGAAGUUUUUAUGUUGAUGAAUUUACCUCAUCAUGCAGUUAAGGGUGUAUGGUACAUUCAUGUGACAGAUUUGUAAUUUAUAUACUUUACAAAGAUCUGAGUCUCCAUUCUUGAAGAGUUUCACAUGUUUGUGCAGAAUUAGGUAAUUAUAAAUAUUAGUCGGACAAAAUAACAUUGAUGAUACCAAAGCCCCCUUAGGGCUAUUCCACUAAACUAUAUGCCAUAGAAGGGGACUUCAGAAAAAAAAAUAUGCAUGGUGGCUGAUGGAGGAAUUCCAGCCUAUUAUAUGGUGCAGUUUGCAUUAAAUGAAUUCUGUGGGUGGUCACUGUUUGACAUGUCUGAUUCCAACAGAAUGACGACUUUAGUCAGUGAAGCGAUACCUAGCAAUAGACAACAUCAUGUAGGCUAUAAACCAGUAAUCAGGUGAUUCAUUGACACACAUGGAGUCCCCUCAUUGGUUACAAAGUUUACCGGAAAUAGCCCAUAUUGACUUUUGACGUCAAAUUCUAUUUUUGCUCUCGGACCUUUAGGGAAAUCAUCGGAAAAUUAAUUUUUAUUCUGAGUAAAUUAUUAAUAUUUAAUAAAGCUAAUCUGACUUUGGUACUCAUCAUUAUUAUCCUGUUAAUAUGAAUAAGAAAAGUUCUUCAUGUUUUUGUUUUCUUAAAGUUUCAAUUUUCUUCAUCAGUUUGAAAUUAUUUAUCCCAAUUUUGUUCUUGUGAAUCAUACUCUAACGUGUUAGUUUUGCUAAUAUCAAAUCAUGUUAUAAAAUCACAAUAUUUAAAAAAAAAUAUCUUUAGAUUAGAAAAUUAAUCAUGUUCAUAAAAUUUGAUAAACAUUUCCUUUGUACUAGUAUGCAUGAAACAUUGCCAAAUUGCAGACAAUGGACCUUCCAUUUUCCUUUUGGAUGUACCAGCAUUCCAUUAGUCGACAAAUCAAUUGUCUUUGUAUAUUAAUUUCAUGUAAGAAUUUUUGAUGAAAACAUGGUUUGUCCAGACCUUGAAAAAUCCUUGAAUUUCCUAGCAGUGCUUGAAAAGCCCCAAGUUUUUUUUCUCACAAAAACUCUUGUUGCUUAGAUUUAGAUUUGUCCUUAAAUUUUGAUAAGAGUGCUUAACUUGUUAUUAUCGCUUACAGUAAAAUCAAAGCAAUUUA